AAUAAAAUAAAACUCAUCCAUAACAUAACCCAAAACAAAGCACCACGCGUCAAUUUCUCUUAAAACCAAUGCUUUUACACCACGUCAUCAAUAUACAAGUGGGAUCCACUUUCUCUCUCCUCCUUCCCUAUAAAACCCACCAUAAUCUCUCCAUCACCAAAACUAUCCCAAUUCAAAUCAUCAUAAAUCAAAUCCUCCAUUACUGUAAAUUCUCAAGCUCACAUACCUCCAUUAACAAUCACCUCAAAAUCCCCCAAGAACUGGCUAAUAUCACAGCACUGGAGGCCACAAACCAAGAAUCCACCAACAAACAGGUGGUACUUGCGCUUUAUGAAGCCCUAAAUUCUCGCGACGCCGAUAAGGUCUCCAACCUUCUAGCUUCCGAUCUUGAGUGGUGGUUCCAUGGUCCGCCAUCUCACCAAUUUCUGAUGCACAUCCUGAGUGGAGACGGAGAUUCUGUAAGUUCUAGUUUCGUUUUUAAUCCACAAUCAAUCGUAGCCUUUGGUUCUCUUGUUUUAGCUGAAGGCUGCGAUCAUAAUCGUUCAAUCUCCUGGGUUCAUGCUUGGACGGUUACAGAUGGGAUAAUCACUCAAGUGCGUGAGUAUUUCAAUACUUCUGUUACUGUUACUCGUCUUGGAAAUCGUAACAAUCUUUCUACACCGUCUGAUUCUAAUCAGAUCUGUUCUAAUCAUCAUCAUUGUCAACCUCUUUGGGAAAGUAGUCUUUCUAAUCGGGUUGGGAAAUCGGUUCCGGGUUUGGUUCUUGCUCUUUGAUUCGGGUUAUGGGCUGAAUGUUAAGGGUUUGUAAUUUCUUUGAGUCUUGUUUAAAGUGUGAUUUCAUUGUAUUAUUAUACCUGUUGGUUUGGUUGUGGUUUGAAGUUUUUUCUUGUUCUGUAAUGUAUUUGUUGUACUGGUGACUGGUGUGUAAAAUGGAGUUCUGUUGUACAAUAAAACUGUGUCGUUUUAAUA